AUGCCUCAAAAUGAAUACAUGGAACGCUUCACCAAGCAGCACGGCAAACGACUGGACCACGAAGAACGAGUCCGCAAGCGCGCAGCGAGAGAAACCCACCAUGCCUCCAAACAAGCCCAGAACCUCACCGGCCUCCGCGCCAAACUGCACCAACAGAAACGGCACAAGGAGAAGAUCCAGAUGCGCAAGCAAAUUAAGCAACAAGAGGAGAAGAACGUCAAGGGCGCCGAGGACAGUGGGCCCAGCAGCACACCGUUGCCUUCAUAUCUGCUUGAUCGAGGCAAAGAGACGAAUGCGAAAGCAUUGAGCUCAGCGAUCAAGAACAAGCGGGCGGAGAAAGCGGCGAAGUUUUCUGUGCCGUUACCUAAGGUGAGGGGAAUUAGCGAGGAGGAAAUGUUCAAGGUGGUGAAGACGGGGAAGAAGACGGCGAAGAAGAGUUGGAAGCGGAUGAUUACGAAACCUACCUUCGUCGGACCGGAUUUCACUCGGCGACCUGUGAAAUACGAGAGGUUCAUCCGGCCAAUGGGUCUGAGGUACAAGAAGGCAAAUGUGACGCACCCCGAGUUGGGCGUGACGGUGCAGUUGCCCAUCAUCAGUGUGAAGAAGAACCCGCAGAGUCCCAUGUAUACCCAGCUGGGCGUGCUGACCAAGGGCACGAUUGUGGAGGUGAAUGUUAGUGAGCUGGGGAUGGUGACGGCGGGAGGGAAAGUGGUGUGGGGACGGUGGGCACAGGUCACGAAUAAUUGUGAGAAUGAUGGGUGUGUGAAUGCUGUGCUGCUCGUUUGA